UCGAGUCUGUAGUGAAGGUCGUGCGGGAGACGCUGCCUGAGGGUUUCGCCUGCUGCGCUUUGUCCUCUCGGCACCAUGUUGGGCGUCAGCGUCCGCCGGUUCGCUACCUCAGCACUUCGGCGCUCUCAUUACGAGGAAGGGCCCGGAAAGAACCUCCCUUUUUCUGUGGAAAACAAAUGGCGAUUAUUAGCCAUGAUGGCAGUCUUCUUUGGAUCUGGGUUUGCUACUCCCUUUAUUGUAGUAAGGCAUCAGCUGCUCAAGAAGUAAACAUGCUAUAAACAGAUGGAGGUGGACAUUAUCCUAUAAUACAACUUUUUCUGUGGAAGAAAAGAUGCAACUAAAACUAACUAUACUGGAUGUUUGUAAAUAAAAAUUACACCUGAAAA